CGGUAUGCAACCGUUAGGUCGUGGUAGGACUUUGGACCGGUACGGUACAUAUCUCGAGAGGAAACGGCAAACUCCGUGAUCGGUAACUUCCGUCGUGUUCCGUGAGAAAGGUCUGCAUCUCUUCCGCGGCCAUGAUGAACAUAUAAUUUGGAUUGUUGCAAUUGUAAUAGUCAGAGAUGAUCAAGCUAAUCAAUUCACCGCCAACCACCUUGAUGGAAUCUCCCCGAAAAAGGGACAUGGUUGUUGAUGUUGAAAAUAUAUGUUGCGGUUGGUUUGCGAAGAAGAACGAAAAAGUGACGGUUGUUUGUGCUGCCCAAAGUCAGCUCAAUGGCAUGAUGUGGGACAAAGAGCAGCAAGUCGAGCAGGAACGUCUGGACGCCACGGAAAGCGACGACAGCUCCUUAUCGUCGGGGCUUGGAAGUGAAUCUGUGAUUCUAAAGGAAAUGGUGAACCAGUUGUCGGAUACCGAAAAAGAAACCGCAGCCCGUUCCUCCUACGCUUACUACAAGAUGUCCGAAACUUGUGCUGCCGACGGUCGAUCCUCCAAAAGUCUUGAGGAGUCCAGAGAUCGUGCUGCCAUGGCAAUGGCUGCGCGUCACUUGAAAGCUGACAAGGGAGACGUUGACGCUGCAAUGAAGCACUUCAAGGCAACGAUCGAGUGGCGCCGAGAACACCGGUUGGAUUCUUUGCGAACGUGCUUCCAAGAAUCCACAACAGAAGCGUUGCAAUCUAAGCAACGUGUGAAAAACUACGUUGGGAAGGGUAAACUUGUCAUUGCGGGCUUUGACAGGGAGAACCGCGCCUGUUGGCAUACAGUGGGACGCCUCUCUCCCAAGGGCUCACAGUCAGAUGAUGUGGGGUGCAUGCAGUCACACUACUAUAUGCUGGAACGCUCCAUUGCUUGCUCCGAAGCCCGCAGCUUACAUCUAGGCACGGAUGUGCAACAAAAAGUGGUCGUCAGUGUUGACUUUGGGCGAUACAAGGCAGAGCAUGCCCCAACAUUCAAAACAAUCCAGGAGUUGCUAUGCACAUUGCGUGAUCACUACCCGGAGAGACUGUAUCGCAUCUAUCUUGUCGAUGCGCCCUUCAUGGCAAGAACUUUGUGGGCUGCUCUCAAACCUUUUGUCGACCCUGACACCAAGACAAAGUUUCAGUUUGUCACGGGCUCAAAGCAGCGGAACGCGAUCUUUGGCCAUGCAUUUGGGUCAGAACAAUGCAUGCCCUAUCAGCACCCAGAGGGAACGCUCCAAGAGAUGGUUGACAUGGAUAAUUUCUUCAUGCUUCCCUUUCACAAAUGCUGAAUAGAGGGACUCUUAUUAGCAGCAUUUCAGCUACACACAGAACGCUGAGAUUGAGGUAGACAAAAAUGGGGAAGCUAGCUAGUAGGUACUGUAGGAAUCAAAUUUUAAAAAGCAGUCACUUUACUCCACUCGAAGCUACAGGGUGCCAGUAGAAGAAAAGGGUUGCAUGUGGAAGUCGUUGAUGUCAUUUGGGGU